AUGGUUCAUUCAUGUGGUAAUUUACAUGACACCUCGUCUGGUUCAAAUUAUCAAAAUUUAACUAUUAACAAUAUCCAUCUUGAUUGGGAGAUUUCUUUUGAAAAAAAAAUUAUUAAUGGAAUUGUUAGACUUGACUUCACAGUACUUCAAAAUACAUCAAAAAUUUUAUUAGAUGAUAGAGAUCUAAAAAUAAAAAGUAUUAAAUAUUUGGAUAAGGAGUUAAAUUUUACUUUCUCAUCUAAAGGAGUUGUAGGUGGUACAAUUAUCAUUGAUACACCACUUUUGGAAAAAGGAACAAAUGGUUCAUUAGUAAUUGAUUACCACACAGAUGAAGAUGCUUCCGCUUUACAAUUUAUGUCAAAAGAACAAACUAUUGAUAAGAAAGCACCAUAUUUAUAUAGUCAAUGUCAACCAUGCCAUGCACGAAGCAUUAUACCAUGUAUGGAUACUCCAUCAGUCAAACAAACCUACACUGCUUCUGUAACUGUUCCUAAAAAUUUUACAGUAUUAAUGAGUGCUCUUAGUAAUGGACAAAGUGAUGUUGUAAAUGAUAAGAUUACCUAUAAUUUUUAUCAACCUAUACCAAUACCAAGUUAUCUUUUUGCUAUUGUUGUUGGUUAUUUAGAAAAAAAAGAUAUCAGUGAUAGGUGUGCUGUAUGGUCAGAACCAAGCAUAAUUGAGAAAGCACAUUAUGAAUUUAUUGAGACAGAAAAGAUGCUUCUUGCUGCUGAAGAAGUUUUAGGACCAUAUAAAUGGGGUCGUUAUGAUUUAGUUGUCCUUCCUGAAUCAUUUCCAUUUGGAGGAAUGGAAAAUCCAUGUUGUACAUUUGUAACACCAACACUUUUGGCUGGUGAUCGUUCAUUAACUAAUGUUAUUGCUCAUGAAAUUGCACAUAGUUGGACAGGAAAUACUGUCACAAAUGCUAAUUGGGAUCAUUUUUGGUUAAAUGAAGGAUUUACAGUAUUUGCAGAAAGAAAAAUAAUUGGAAGAUUAUAUGGUGAAAAAAUGAGACAAUUUGAAGCAUUAUCAGGAUGGGAAAGUCGUUUAAAGGUUGCUGUCAAUGAAGUAUUUGGUCCUCAUCAUGAAUUUACAAAACUUAUACCUAAUUUAGCUGGUAUUGAUCCAGAUGAUGCAUUUUCUACUAUUCCAUAUGAAAAAGGUUCUGCUUUUCUUAUGUUUUUAGAACAAAUUGUAGAUGAUAACGAACGAUUUGAGCAAUUUAUUCGUGAUUAUAUUAAAAAAUUUGAAAAUAUGUCAAUAACUUCAUAUGAUUGGAAAAAUUAUUUGUUUGAAUAUUUUGAGGAUAAACAUAUAUAUUUGAAUUUAAUUAAUUUUGAUCAAUGGUUUAAUGAUCCAGGUAUGCCACCAAAUGAACCACUUUAUGAUGAAAGUCUUAUGACUAAAUGUAGAGAUUUAGCAGAUGUAUGGAUAAAAGCAUCUGAAGAAGAUCUUGAUAAACCAUAUUUUACUGAGGCUAACAUUUUUAAUUCAAUGUCAUCGGCAGAAAAAGAUACAGUUUUAGACUACAUUCGUCAAUCCAAUGAACAAAUUACUAUUAAAAAAGCUAAAAAAAUAACUGAAUUAUACAAAUUGGAUGAAACACAAAAUUGUGAAAUUAUUAUGUCAUGGAUACGUAUUGGACUUAAAGCUGAAUGGGAAGAUAUAAUUGAUCCUGCUUUAAAAUUUGUCACUAAAUAUGGACGUAUAAAAUAUGUAAAACCAUUAUACAAUAUAUUAUUUUCAUGGCCACAAAGUAGAGAUAAAGCCAUUGAAACUUUUAUGAAGAACAAAAAUUUCAUGCAUCCCAUUACUGCACAUGUCGUAGAACGAAUGCUUCCUAAAACUGAUGAAUCUUGA